UUAAUUUUAUUUAAAGAGAAAAAUACCAAACUAAAAAUGCUGGCUGUGGGAGAACCAUCACAGCAGUAUGGAAACCGAAGCCAUCAGGCGGAGUGCAUUCCCCUGGGAAGAUAUCCGGCCUACGGGUCGGACAUGGAUCCCGAGGGUCAGGACAAGAGUGCCGAAUUCUGUAACGCCAGCAUCCGGCGGGGAUUCAUGCGAAAGGUGUACCUCAUUCUGCUGGUCCAACUGGUUACUUCGCUGGUGUUCAUAGUGGGUUUCAACUACGACAAGGAGGUGCGACAGACUGUAACUGAGAACACCUUGAUUUUUCUGGGUGCCUUGUUUAUAGGCCUUAUUGCUUUGGUAGUUCUGGCCUGCAAUGAGAAUCUCCGCCGGCGGACUCCAACGAACUUCAUCUUGCUGGCGAUCUUUACCAUAUCCGAAUCCCUUUUACUGGGCGUGGCAUCCUGCAGAUAUGCUCCAAAGGAGAUAUUUCUGGCCGUGGUAAUCACUACGGCAGUUUGUCUGGGACUCACUUGUUUCGCCCUGCAGACGCGCUACGACUUCACCAUGAUGGGUGGCAUCCUGAUGAGCUGCCUCUUGGUCCUGCUGCUCUUCGGGAUUAUGACCAUCUUCGUGGGCGAGGGUCUCAUCACGACCAUAUAUGCCUGUCUGAGUGCCCUGCUCUUUUCCAUUUACUUGGUUUACGACACACAACUCAUGAUGGGCGGCAGGCAUAGGUUCUCCAUAAGUCCCGAGGAGUACAUAUUCGCCGCCCUCAAUCUCUACAUGGAUGUGGUAAACGUAUUUAUGGAUAUUUUGCAAGUUUUGGGCGGAGCCGACUGAUGGUGAUAUCCGCUCAAAUCCCAAAUACACGGCAUACUUUCCGGCAUUUAUCGGAUUAUUCACUUCAGUGAUUCAAUGUCGAAAAUUAAUAAAUCAAAUUGUGCAGCAUCAA